AUGGUUGGCACAGGACCUCGAGUGCUUUCCGAGGAAAUCCCUCAAGCGCCCGAAGAGAUAUGUGGCGAACUCGACCUGGCUCGCCCACUUGGUGGCGCACUAUGGUGGAAUUCCAUGCUAUGGACAAACUUCCCUCCUCUGGCGAUGUUCAGCAGCAAGGACUUCCAAGAGGGGAAGAGAUCGGAUUUCUUUGCGAGCUUGUCAGCGCUGAACACCGACAGCAGGCUUAGCGAGCAGUACGUCACGUUUACAGCAGCUCGACAUGAUUUGUGCACGACGCGGCCUGUUCCCGAGAAGAACUGCCGCCUAACUGUUGAGUGCAUGCAAUACGAGGGGGUGCGCGACUGUACAUGGAACUUUCCGCUGCAAGACUACAUCCCUAAGCGUGACAAUCACAACGUGCCUGAUGUUCAGGCGCGCAGAUUCUGGGACAACAACGUUGUCCACAUGGGCCUCAACGCAGAGGAGUUCUCCGAAAAAGUGAUGCCGGUAGGCGACAUCGAGGCGGAGAUUCGCAUCGCGGAUUUUGCCGGCAAUCCCACCUGGGGAUACUACCCAUGCGUCAUGCGCAUCGGCGGCUGGCCCUUCCGGCUACGGAAAAUCGGGACCUUUGAAGGAUAUGGGAAGAAUGGGCACCAUGAGCUGAACAUUGGUCUUCAUUACUUCGAGCAGGACAAGCUUUGGAACCUGCUAGAAGGUCCCGCCAGCUUGGCCGCAACGGGGCCCGGGCAAACCAUGGCCAUCCAGGGAAACCAACGUCGCGGCUUCAAGUUCUAUGCAAUGCUGACCGACCUAGACUGGUUGGGGCCCAACCUGAACGGCAAGAAGCAUGACGACCCAGAGGUACCGCAGGAGAAGGGCUACGUGUGGUUCACUGUGGAGGAGACGAUAGAGGCUCGCGCAACCUCCCCCAGUUCAAUAGGAAAGGCUGUACGUAUCAAGUUGCUGGACGAAGGCAUCAUUCCGGCUUGGCUGGAUCUGCACUACCUGCAGGUGUUUGCAGGUGGUGUCCCUCUGGGCUUCUUCAGCCAGGCAGAUGUGGACCCGGAGUCCGAGGGCACCGCUUUAGAAGACGGACCGCAAAGCUAUGCCGUUGGCGGAGGAACGCAAAGUCUUGGCAAGGUGCAGGUGCUUCGAACGUCUUCAUACCGGCGUGUGGUAGCACAGAAUGCAUGCAGCCGCCUCGUCUUCAAGGACCCCUUGGAAGCACAGGCCAAUGAUAUCGUGGACAUGGGUUGGGCCAUCUUCGACUGCUGCUACAAAGGUGCGACCAUCCGUGUGGGAAAGCAUGCAGGCAAGUGGGCCGAAGAUGCAGGUGCAGACCACGGAAUGGUGGACUUCAAGGCAUCUGGACCACCGCCUCUGUGCCACGGAGAGUACAAGGACAAGGUGACAAUUCAGGCGCCCCGCUCUGAUUACCUCUUCGAGCGACGCUUGGUCAAGUGA